UCCGAAACACCAAGUAUACGUGCACGACUCGCAUAGUCAGUCUCGCGCCGAGCGUUGUAUAGUGCGCUUUGUUGGGAAUAGUUGUCGUUCGUGGUUCUGAAUCUGUGCGUUUGAAAAUUUUCGAGAACUCGAAACGCAUCACGGUACUAACGUGUGUACGUGACAAACAAUCAAAGUGAUAUUUUUUUUCUCGUGUCGAAGAGAACGAAAAGCGACGAAUCGUUAAUUCGUUUGCAUCCAGCCGAUCCAUAAACGUUCGAAGAUCGAGACGGAAGGGAAUUAGAAGACAAACUGCGUAAAUGGUGAGAGAACGCGUCGCCAUGGGUACCGUGUGUUGUGGUCCGCGCGUGUAGUGCAAACCCCGUGAUCGAAGGGAAGAGACGAUGAGAUGAACAGAGACAGCCUGACGGGGUAACAAGGAGGGAAGAGUGAAAGGUUCGGGAGAAAGAAGGAAGAUAUAGAACGCGUGGACAAGCGUGACCGGCAACAGUUCGAAAGACUACUCUCUCGUGGCGUUGAAGAGAGGGCAGCAGAAUCGGCGAGAGAGAGAGAGAGGAAGAAUAAUGCGGUCUCGUUGUUUCCGCCUUGAUCAACAGGACGUUCGGAUCUGCUCGUAAUUCCACGGGGAGAUCUAAACGGAACGACUGAGAUGACUCGAAGAAGAAGAGUGCCACUCGUGUUGAGAGUAUGCACAGGUGUUCUCCUGCUGCUCUUCACCACGAUCGCCGCAAACACGACUGAAGAUCCCCCAACCAGCUCGGAGAAACUGUCCACCGAAAUUAUCGACCGUCCAUCCAAUGCCACGAUAUCGGUGAGCAACGAAACAAUCGCGAAUAAAAUAGCAUCCCGGAACUCGGGAUCGACAGAGACCGAAAACGAGGCCGUCGAUCCGUCGAACAACUCGACCGAUCAAAAAGAUCCGGAAACCGCGCGCGAGAGUAAAGAUGGCGAAGCGGAGAGGGAGGAGAAAGUGGCGAUACCGACGAUCCACGAGGACGAUCAACUGGCCAGGUUACCGGCCGCUGAUUCGUCCCCCAAUCCUGGAUCCUCGAAGCUCGAAGAUUCGAUCUACGGGACGUCCGCUGGAAAGAGUUCCAGCACGAAGACGUUGUCCGAGGACUUUUACAGAUUGUCCAGGACGAAUGGGUUGACCACGGUUACCGCGAAGCCCGCGUUGGAAGAGGGCAAGAUGGAUGGAACGAGGAACGGAGUCCAAAUGGAACGAUCGAACGUCACCACGUCGUGGCAGGAAUCCCUAGCAAGCAAGAUCCCUAAAUCCUCGAUCGUCCACCGAUUCGAUUUCCCGGAGGGGAAGGGAGACAAGAUGAAAGCGGAAGCGAAGAAGGAGAGGAGCGAGGAGUCGAGCCUGCAAAAAGUUCGUUUCCUGGAGAAGGAAGAGGAACAGGACGAGGAGAAGAGGGAGGAAUCGGGUGAGAAGAAAGGGAGCAAGAACUCGGAAGUGGCUGGGUUGAAGGGGGAGGUGGAUCCUCCCAUCUCGUUGAUCAACGACACGUACGUGAACUACAGCCAUCGUUACAAAACCUCGACGGCCGAGGUCUCGAGAGAGAAUGGUUCCGAGAAUGGGACCAACCUCAUCGGCGAGGAGAGCACCGUCGUGACUCAUCAUCCGAAGGAGGAGGUGGAGGUCGUCGGGAAUGUGACUCAGCCCGCGAUUCAACGGAUCGUCGAGCCGCGAUCCCGAAACGCGACUUCGAAGGACGCCAACCUUGGCAACGUCGAGUCGGGCGAAAUCGCCUCGAAUCGGAACGAGGACUAUUCGCGCCGAGAUCCAGCCAAGGUUAACGAAACCAGCUCGGUCGAGAUUCAACGAGAGACAAGCGGAAACGAUGGGCAGAAACUGGUGCAACUUACCACCACUUCUCCUAUCGCCACUACUACCACGAUCACCACAACCACCACCGAAAAAACGUUUCAAGAGGGAUCUUCGACGACGUCGAGUCCGGUUCCAAGAGGAAGAACCAUAGCAUUUGCAGAGACGAACGAAUUUGCGAGGUCGACGCCCAGCUCGAGGCUCGACGUUUCAUACACGAGGAGAAACGAGAGCGAGGACAAGGGGACGAAGCCUUACCCCUACGCCAAGUCUUCCUCGAAAGAAUCAUCCGCUCCCGACUCGAGCAACCGGCUGCUGAUCGAGAUCACGACGGAGGAGGGUUCCGCGAUGGAGAACACGAUCGGCAAAGGGCGAUCGGAGGAGAAGCUGAUCGUGACGGAGGCGUCGGACGUGUUGGAGAACAGUAUACAGCAACGGUCGAAGCCGGCCUACCGCGACGAAGGGAGCGGCAGCAACGAGUCGUCCACCGCGUCGAGCCAUGUUGCUCGUCCCUCGCCGACUCCGACCGACUCCAGCACGUCCGUUCCGAGGGGAUCGAGCACCGAGCGAGGGAUGAUCCAGGGAUCAUCGAGGGAGGAGAGCUCGACGAGCGUGGGGAACGACGUGCCUAGGUGGAACGACAGCCAGGAGACCGUCUCCUCUAGCGUGGAUGUGACGGGAAACGGGAUAACGGAAGUGAGGCCUAGGCCCGAAGAAUCUCGACCGAGGGACGAGCUGCCCUUCCGUCAGAUCACCGAGCCCAGCUUCCGCUCCUCCGAUCUCCCCUCGAUCCAAAGAAACUCUUCCAUGGAGCCUCUCGUGCCUGCCAACACGGAGAGGAGCGCCUCCUCGUCGUCGCCCGUCGCCACCACCAUCGAGCAAACCUUCGUGGCCAACGCGACCGAAUCCUCUCCUCAAUCGGCCACCUCAGACGCCAACGCAACCAACGAAAUCCCUUCCUCCGACCCAGACCAGAGCUUCGCGCCCACCACGACUGGUGUCGAGUACGAGUUCGUCAGCCUAUCCUUCGACUCGACCGAAUAUCCUCCUCCUCGAAACUCAACUACGGAGGAGGCCUCGACAGGAGAGGAUGCAGCAGCCGAUCGAACCUCUUCCACAGUCCCUGAUCUUUUUUCGCCAACGAAGAACGACUCGAACGAGGCUCCAACCACUCUCAUGCCUCCGUCAGACGAGUCAGACGAUUCCUCCUCGAUGAACGAGACCACGGAUCGAGCCACGAUCACAACUACCGUAUUCGUUCCACCGAAUUGGGUCACUCGAGGGUCGAGGGACGAGGCUGCUGCUGCCACGACGAGGACGAGUCUUCUCGAGGAGGGGAUCGGUUGGAGCGGGGUGGACGAGGUCGCGAGAACGACUGACGGAUUCCCAUUGGAUUCCUGGAGCACUGUGGAAGAUGGAAAAGAAGAGGAGGAAGGGAUCGCGACGAUCUCGUCGGAUUCGAAGGAUACGACCGAGCAACCCGCUCAAUUCACUCCUAUGUCGAGCGUGAACGCGACGGAUGGAACAGUGGCUCCAUCUGCCACUCCUUCUGAACACUCGAUUUCGAGCACCGUCUCGAGCCCAACCAUCGGCUCCCGUGACGUCCCGUCCAGGAAAUCGGAUAACGCGUUGCCCACUCGCCAAGAAAUUACGUGGUUGGUGCGCAUCGUGAUGGAGGGCGGCAGGUACGACGUGUGCCCGAAGAUGGACAAGUUGAAGGCGAUUCUGGCGAACAUCCUGCAGUCCGGGAUAAACAAAUCGGUAUCGGACGAGCAAAUUAUCCUCCAUGAAAAUCCGUGCCAGGAAUCGUCGGAUUCGACUCCGUCGUCGUCGUCGUCGACGGAUAUGACGUCGAUACUAGUUUACGUGGUGGAUGAAAAGGGAAAGUUCGACAUGAAUAUGACAAAAAUUUUACCCAGCUUGUACGAGGAAUCGCGUGAUCGAAUCACGUUCCCGAUUAAAAUUCAGAGAUUUCUUCUGGUACAGGAAACGAUUCCGGACUCCGGAAACGCAGUGGCGGCCAUCGUGGUCUCCUCAGUUGCCUUGAUUUGCCUGGUUCUUUUGGCCGGUCUUCUGUUCAUUAUGAGGAAAAGGCAAACGAGGUUCAACUAUGGCGAACGAUGUCGGCCAGUGUCUUUGGACGCUUACAGCCUUGACAGUGUUUCCGCGUACAACAGCGUCAGACGCAAAGGAGUGGCGAGGUCUUCGAAAAGAAGCUAUGGGAAUCCGACUUUCGAAGAUUCGAGCGCAAUACCAUCUCACCCGUUGAAUUUCGCCGGGCUUUCAUCUUUCUGUAACGACAUUAACGCGAUCAACGAGGAAUUCGCCGGUAUCCCGCAAGUCUCGGCGAAGAUAGACGAGCUACCCGGUGGGGCGGAAGUGAAGAACAGAUACGCGAACGUGAUACCGCUUCCUGAGACAAGGGUGCUCCUUCAAAAAGUCAACAACGAUCCUCUUACCGAGUACAUCAACGCCAGUUACGUUCGGGGGCCAAAGAACGCGACGAAAUAUUACAUCGCUUGCCAGGCGCCAAUGGAGUCGACUGUCACCGACUUUUGGAGGAUGAUAUGGGAGCAACAGAGCAAAGUGAUUAUCAUGCUUACCGAUCUCGUUGAAAAUGGGGUGGAAAAGUGCACGGAGUAUAUUCCGCCCUCGGAGGUCACCGACUGUCGACGUUUGUACGGCGACUUCCAAGUCACCCUGAAGAAGAGGGAAACCAAAGAAAAAUACGCCAUCUCCACGCUUCAUUUGAACAAUUUGGAGAAGAACACGUUCCGAGAGGUAUACCACAUUUGGUAUUUGUGGCCCGUGAACGGAGUGCAAUCGGACGGUGCCGGGUUGAUAGCCGUGCUACUCGAGGCGAGGGCACUUCAAAGGGGUGGCCCUGGACCCAUUGUAGUCCACUGUAGUCCCGGCACUGGACGCACGGGAACGUUAAUAGCUCUUGACCUAGGAAUUAGACAAUAUGAGAUUACGAGGACUGUGGACGUGCCAAGGGUCGUUUACACUAUCAGACGGGAUCGUGCUGGGGCUGUCAAGACGAAAGAACAAUACGCUUUCAUUUACAAGGCAUUAAAUUUAUACGCGACCAAACUUGCCGGCGGUGUAUUGGAAUCUACGUGAAUCCACCACUCGAGAUCGUAAAGAAAUUACCAUUCGAAUCGUAAUAGAGAUGUAAGUCAUGGCAGAGAACUGCUAUAUCCGUGAUCGAUAAAUAAUAUCAUUGAAGACGAUGGAAAAAACCGCGAGAUUUUAAGAACGAAUAAAGUUCCAGUUAGUUACCUGGACGCAGGAAGAUAUGGUAAAUCGAACGAAGGAAAUUGACUUGUGAUACGUGGACCAUAGCGAAGAUCGUGUUUCGCUUUAGAUUUUUGCUUAGUCCUUUCGACGUAAGAGACGUUAGUAAAUUUAAAAAAGCACUCUUUACCAUCUGUUUGUCUGUUCUUCUCGGUUGAUAAUUCAGUGUUCUUUUUUUUUAAGGUAUCGUCGUUGAAUAAAAUAAAAUUUUAAAAAAUUUUUUUGUAAAAUAAUAUUCGUAAUAUUUAUGUAAUAGGAGAAUUUACACAAGUGAUAUUUAUAAUUAAAAUUUGGAAGAAACGUUUUAAAAUGCAUGAAGAUGAUAAGAAAUGAUUACAGAGUAUCUAUAAAAUUGUAAUUUUAUUUAUUUAUUUUUUAAGUUUUGAACCGGAUAAUAAUACGAAAUUACAAUAAUAAAAUAACAUAUGAAACAAUAUUAAAUUCUGAAAAUAUCAAUUUAUACAAUUUUAUAUUUUAAUAAUUAUACAUAUUUAUUAAUUUAUCCAGAAAAAUUAAUGUUAAAGUAUUGUAAAAUUCGAUUCAAGUUCAAAUUAAAGUGUCAUACGAACCAAAAAUACAAAUUAUAUAUUUAAAAGAGCAAAUAUUAAAACGAUUACUUUGUUCUAAGUAUCUUAAUCGAGAGAGAAGGACAAAUAAGAUGGUAACACGUUGAAUAAUGAAUAAUCGAGAGGCAGGAAUUAAUUUGUGAUAUCCGGACCAUCCGUCAACGAUAUAUUCAACUUUGUAUUUCUUAGGCCUAUUCGAUUUCAUAAAGCUUUUCUUUUUUAAUCAUAAAUUUCGUCUCCUUUUUGUCAAUUUUAAUAUACAUAUAUAUAUAUUAUACACAUUGCGUAUAUAUUUAAAUAUCACGUAUUUAUAUAUAUAUAUAUAUGAAAAAGAUAAUUAGAUCUAGUUGGAUAUUUAAAAGUAAGUUGAUAAAUAUAUCAGUCAUACGCGAAAGGAUUUAUCCUUUUCAAUCAAACAAGUAUAUACAGCGAUAAUGAAUGAUUGAAAAUUUGGACGAGCAGAAUGAACCGUGAUGCUUUGUAAAAGAAAAAGAGAAACAAAAAUGAAAAAAAAAAAAAAGGAAAUAAUAAA